ACACGCUACAUGGCUUUCGCGGUGAACGGUGGCUGUCGCCGCGACAAAAAUAUUCCCCUUCUCCAAGCAGACGUUUCUACAUUUUAAUUCUUUGCUUGUUUGCUUUCUUUCCGCCAUAGCAUUUGCUUGUGUGCGGUAGAUAUCAGCUGUCAGCUAAGAUAAAAUAUUGAAAUUCACCAUGGCUAUUGAUGAUCUUAAAACUGAAGCAGGCGUAAAAUCCCUGGAUACUUAUCUUGCCGACCGUAGUUUUGUGUCUGGCUUCCAGGCGAGCCAGGCAGACGUGGGUGUGUUCGAGGCGCUGGCCAAGCCCCCGUCGAAGGACACGCCCCACGCGCUGCGGUGGUACAACCACAUCAAGUCGUACGGCGGUGAGCGCGGGAAGCUGCCCGGGGAGAAGAAGGUGCCCGACCUGUUCAGCGUGGCUGCAGUGGGGAACGGCAGUGCCCCGGCCGCCAAGCAGGAAGAGGACGACGACGUGGACCUGUUCGGCUCGGACGAAGAGGAUGAGGAGGCAGCUAAAAUCAGAGAGGAAAGGUUAAAGGCGUACUCUGAGAAGAAAUCCAAGAAGCCAGCGCUGAUAGCCAAGUCGAGCAUCGUCCUGGACGUGAAGCCCUGGGAUGAUGAGACUGACAUGAAGGAGAUGGAGACUAAAGUCAGGACUAUACAGAUGGAUGGCUUGCUGUGGGGAGCGUCCAAACUGGUUCCUGUCGGCUAUGGGAUAAACAAGCUGCAGAUAAUGUGCGUGGUUGAAGAUGAGAAAGUAUCCGUCGACCUCCUCGUUGAAGAAAUACAAAACUUUGAAGAUUUCGUACAGUCUGUGGACAUAGCUGCUUUCAAUAAAAUUUGAAUGAGCAAAAUGUGUGUUUAUGGUUGUUACUUUUGUGUAAGAAUGGUUACUGAAAGGCAAUGUAAUUAAAUAAUUUGACUUUUCUA